AUGGCCUCUUCCACCGAAGGAAAACAUGGAAGCAAGAACUUUGGAAAAGGAUUUGGGCACGACGUUCGAAGGGGUAUAGUCAGAAUUGAUCCAAGACUGCAUGACGAUCUGAAAAAUGUAGUAGUAUGGCUGAAGGAAGAGAAAGACGUAAUUUCUGGCUUGCAUUCUGUUAUUUCGGGAAAGAAAGAGGCAAGCAAGUCUUUUCACAUAUGGGGAAAGAAUGAAGACGACGAUAUUGCUGACGUUGCGGAAAAAAUGUCUGAAUUGAUGUCAAAAGCGAUAGACGUAGAAAUAGUAUAUUGGGAAAAGUACAAUAGAUACCGUGACCUUGUAAAACAAAUACGAGAUGCUGAACAUCGCUUGGUCGGGCCGAAAGAUAAAAAACGACGUUUAACCGAUGAACUAGCUCGUCUAAGAAAAAAUCAACCUCAGUCGCCAAAAAUUCGCGACAUCGAAUUGGAAUUAAGGAAAGUAACGGAAGAAUAUGAAGCAACGAAAAUAGAUGUUGGGAACGUAAAAAGACAGCGACUAAGAGAGGCGCUGACAUUACAGACUAAUGCCAUGUUUGAGACAGCAGAAAAGAUUGCGAUAAUUGCAGGUUUUUCAUGGUAUUUGGUUGAAUUGAUUGAUAAGGACAUUCUUAAUAUUGGAGAAACGAGAAGACCGUAUAAUGGUGCGGCGACCAGCUCUCAGGUAGUCAAAGACUGCCAAGUUCACUUACACCGCUGGCAGCCCUGCUCAACAGACAUAAACAUUAUUGUCUCUAGUCUUACAAACACGACUCUGUCUGAAGCGGCUCAGCAAAAACAAGAGUACGAACUUAGAAUAGCUCAACUCAAUUCCCAACUUACGUCUCAACGCCAAUCAUAUGAAGCACAAAUCCAAGAUCUUACCACUCAUUUAGAAGAAAACCACCGUAAUCUUUCGUCCAAAAUUGAAGAGUUGUCAGGUACUUUACGUCAUCAGAAAGAAGGUUCUCAAGUGAGAUUGGACGAUUUGUCAGCAGCGUUGAAAAAUCAGAGGAUUGAAUAUGAAGCAAAAAUACAAGACAUGCAUCGUGCACUAGUGGAACAAAAGGCAGGGUUGGACGUUCACGUGAAUGAGUUGAAUGCUUCAUUACUUGCGGAGAGGCAGAAGAAUGCUGUUCAAGGAAGGGACUAUCAUUCUGCUAUGGCGCAAAAACACGAGUAUGAAGUACAGCUGAGAGAGAAGGAUGGAAUUAUUUUAUCGUUGCAACGUGAUAUGAAUGCCGUUGCGGUAGAAAAGAACAGAUUAUCGCAGUUGGUGCGAGACAUGGAAAAUAUGAUACGAGCCCAGGGUGGCAUACCCGAGAGCAACAAGUUAAAUAUUGAAAGCAAUUUGGAACAAAUUAGAAAUCAACUCGCGUCUAUAAACAUUACACCGACCUAUGGGGGCGUGCCAGGUGCAGCUCCAGUUGGUGCAAAUAGAAUAACACCCACACCACCAAUUCCCCCAGUACAUGGUGGCCCGACGGUUUUAUCGCCAAACGCGCCAUUGACGACAUCACCAGUGCAAGAUCCGUUUUUGAACGGGCGUUCGCCAUCACCCGUCCAGAAUCUACCACCUCCUGUUGAAAACCGUCCGGGACAACAAGGUCCUCCUCCAGCGAACUAUUAUCAGCAAUUCCGACCGCCACCGUACUCUAAUCAAAACUACUAUCAAGGAUCUGGUCAACCCGCACGACCUCCAGGAUUUGUCGGCGGCUUUUUCAUCCCGCCUGAUGGUGUCGGUCCUCCACGUCCGCCUAAAGUUGGUAUUGCGAAUGAUGAGAAAAAAAAGUGA